GAUGACCCGGAUCUGCAGCUUUAGUUUCCGCUCGUCAGCUCCGUGUGUGACCCCCGGCAGGAGCAGGAGCAGGAGCAGGAGCAGGUCUCUGCCUCUGUCUGGACAAUCUUUGCUCUCCUUUCUAAAGCGCUUCAGGGUGUCCCCCCUCUCCAUGUGCGAUCCCUGAUGGGCGGCUGGUCUCGCGGUGCCGUGCUGGAGCUGUACCGGUCGCUGCUCCGCGCAGGGCGUCACCUUCAGUACACCGACCGUAACUACUACCGCCGCGCCGUGGCUCGCGAGUUUCGCCGCUGCCAAACUCUGAGCAUACCCGAAGACAAGGAGGACGCGCUGAAGAGGGGACAGUUCUUCCUCAGCAGCCGCCUGGGUGGGCUUAUGUAGGGGGGUUCAGGUCGGUUAAAGGUCACCUGGAGCCGUAUCUCCCAGAGGCAGGAUGGCGGGGGUUAACGGAGACCGCAAAGGAAAGAAAGAUGACAAUGGCAUCGGCACAGCCAUCGACUUCAUGCUUUCCAACGCCAAGCUGGUGUUGGGCGUGGGAGGAGCGGCCAUGCUCGGCAUCGCAACACUCGCUGUGAAAAGAAUGUAUGACCGUGCCAUAAGCGCUCCCACCAGCCCCACCAAGAUGGAGCAGACGGGAAAGAGAAGCUGGGAGGAGCCCGCCUGGAUGGGCUCAUCGCCGCGGGUACUGAACCACGACAUGAAGUCCACAGUUAGCAGGUCGCUGCAGUCUCUGCCUACUUCCUCACAUGCUUUCGAGCCAGACUGUCUGCGCAGAGCCGUGGGUCGAUCUGCCGUGGGAGGCAGCGGCGCCACUCAGUCGGACCUGGUUCGCGCUCGGAUGCGUCUUUCCCUGCAGGAGCAUCUGUGGGAGUUCUACCAAUGCAACGUGAACAUCCCCGCCGAGGAGCAGGCUGUUGCCAGGAGGGCGGCGCUGGACAUCUGCGCCGAGCUCCGAGUCUUCCUUCAUGCCAAACUGCCCGACAUGCCGCUCAGAGAGAUGUACCUGAGCGGCAGUCUGUACGAUGACCUGCAGGUGGUGACAGCGGACCACGCCCAGCUCAUGGUGCCUCUUAUCCUCGAGAAGAACCUGUGGUCGUCCAUCCCCGGCGAGGACACCAUCAUGAACGUCCCGGGUUUCUGGCUUGUCCGCCGCGAGAAUUUGGAGUAUUUUCCCAGGAACAGCAGCUACUGGGACCGCUGCAUGGUCGGAGGUUACCUCUCGCCUAAAUCAGUCCUCGAGGUCUUUGACAAGCUCGUGGCCGGCUCCAUCAACUGGCCGGCUAUAGGGAGCGUCCUCGACUACAUCAUCCGUCCUGUGGUUCCCUCGGAAACGCUGACCCUGGAGGUGCAGUACGAGACGGACCGGAAGCUGUACGUGGACUUCCUGCCGUUGCUCGUGAUGGAGGACGGGACCUCGCUGAUCGCCAAACCUCACUGCCUCGCCGCAGAGCGCCACGAAAACCUGUGGCGGCAGAGCUUCCGCGUGGCCGAGACGGCGCGACUCAGGGCGCUGGACCAGGAGGACGGAGGCUGCCGGUGCGCCUGUCUGAAGCUGGCGAAGGCCGUGUGCAAGCUGAACCCGGCGCUUCACCGGCUCAACGCCAGCCAGCUCACUAACGCCAUCUUGUUGCUAUGCGAAAAAGAAGGCGACUGGACACAGGAGGCGCUGGCCGACCGCUUCCUUCAGCUGCUACGAGCGCUGGUGGGACACCUAGAGGCCGGGAGGCUGCCGUGCGCCCUCAGCCCUAAAGUGAACUUAUUCUGCGAGCUGACUCCACACGAAGUGGACGAGCUGGGGUACACGCUCUACUGCGCCCUCUCGGAUCCAGAAGGGCUGCUGAGAACUGCUCAUCCCUGACGACACAGCAGUUUUGUUGGGACGACCUCGAGCCGUGACGGAGGCACCCAGGUGGGGGUGGAGGGAGAAAAACAAAACACAAAAAUAACUGCAUGGAAGCAUCCUCUCUCUUCAGAACAACGCGACACACACAUGACGCCAUCUGUCUGAGAAGUGUGAUCAUGCAAAUAAUAUUUUAAGCGACGGCUCUGGAGUGUGUGUGCGCACGCGCGUGUGUGUGUGUGUGGCUCUCACUUAAGCCAUUGUAUUAAUGAAGUUAAAGGGCCAAACAUCAUCAGGACGGAGGUGAAGCACAUGAAAUGUGAGACGCAGCCUGAACCUCUGCGUUAUAUUCAAGCUCUUUUUAAACCGGUUGGAUGCAGGUUCAAUGUCGUGCCACUGUGUCAGGAGGAUUAGGAUGUGAUGUUGAUUGUGUGUAUGCCAACCCAAAAAGCUAAUAAAUCGUUGAUCAGCCCGACGGACUCGACGUUCUUGAGUUUAAAGAGACGAACUUCUUUUGUUUUGUCCUCACGUGUAUGUGAUCUGAACUUCAUUAAUACAGUGGCUGCGUUUAGAAAGAUGUACGUAUGUUUCCUGGGAUCUGUGAAAACGUUGCAUGUGUUACCGAACUAAUCUAGAAAUCAAACCACUCGAGUCGUGUGUUCGUGUCCGUUUCUAGCCUGAUUAUAAAGUAAUGCCAUUUCUGGAAACAAUACAACACCGAGGUUUUAUCAUCUCACUCAUUAACGGCGUGACUGGAAACUGUUUCCAUGUGACUGUCUGACUGAGACAGAGCUGCUCUUUGUGUCCUGAAAUGAAGGCUGUUUUUCUUCCUCAGUCUCACUUCUGUUUCUUUGGUGCACAGGUCAAAUAUGCUUUAACUCAUUUUCAUGUUUUUACACUUCAUCACGGGUGGUUUCUUCAUUUCUUUUGGGUGCUUUUUUGUACCUUUUUAUUUUUAUUUUGAUCAAGACAGCUGAAAAAGUGACAGGAAGGUAGGGAGGAAGACCUAAGCUUUGUGUGUCCUGGUUUCUGCUUUAAUUUAAACUCCACCUCAGAUCGUCUUUCCUUUUAGAUCACCACCUUCCAUACUAAGUUGCAUACACUUGAUCUGAGUCUGGAUCCUUGUAGUAAGGGGAGUUAAAGUCUUCCAGCUACUGUCCGUGCUGCUGUAAACAUGAUACUAACCUGCAGGAGUGCUUUGUCAUUUGGUGAUUUUUAGUCUCAGUAUUGACUUCAGUUGUUGCCUCUUUAGUUCUGUAUCCGUGUCUAUUUUGAUUUAGACGUACAGAUCAGAUCUUGUAGCCAAACGUGUAUUAGCGCGGCAUAUGUACAUGUAGUCAUCACUACUAGCAGGCCGCUUACGCCUACAUGUAUAUUAAUAGAUUACAGGUGCUAAUCUCUCUUAGAUCGUGAUCUGAUGGAGAAGGAUCAGCGUCGAGUGUCUGAUCUUGGAUCAGCCAGACUGUCGCUCCAAAUGACGAAAGCGUGGUUGCUUCUUGCUCUCGUUUUUUUAGCCUUAGAAAGGGGAACAAACGGCAGUGACGUGGAGCAGGCGUCCCCUCCAACCCACUGUUUGUACAGUGUACAAUAUGUUUAUAGUUCUGUUGUGCAUUUAGUUAAUAAUCAUCCGGAUAAUAACGGAGAAACAAGUGAAUAUUUUUGUAUUUAUUGUACAUUUGUAAUCAAAAAAACAAACAAGAGUCGAGUAUUUAUUUGAUUCAGUUCCACGUUGUGAAGCCACUGAUCGUGCUUUGUUCUGGAUGUGCUCGUAUGAAAUCAUUGAGUCUUCCUUUGCAGACCUAAUUUAUGCUACUGUGCUGAAGGAAUAGUGUCACUGUGCCACAUUUGUAUGUUA